AUGGACACCCCCAAACCCCAUAUACAAUCACCCAGCCCCAUAGACACCCCCAUAGACACCCCCAGCCCCAUGGACACCCCAAACCCCAUAGACAACCGACACCCCCCCAACCCCAUAGACACCCCCAGCCCCAUAGAGCCCCCCAGCCCCAUAGGC